GACUCUAUACCACUGAGCCACCAGGGUAAGGUAGAUGUCCUUAUUUUUACAAUGUUAACUCCUGAAAAACCCAUGUGUAGAUUAGUCUGGGCCUGCAGGCCUAAAUCUGAAAACCCACUGAGCACCUGCAGAAUCUCACAAAUAAUACUUUUGAUGCUCUGACUGAUGAGGCCCAAAGAAAGGCUGCACUGGAAGCCUUCCUUCAACAUGGAAGGUUUCACUCCAAGUCUAGACUUGAUGGGGACGACCCAUUUACACUACAGAUGGAGGCCCCUGAGGAGGGCAAGAGCUUUGUGCUGGAGGGCCAGACCAGACCCAGAAUCCCAGCGACCCUGAUUUCUAGCCUGAGGACUUUUCUGGGAACUCUGGCAGUCAAUGACAGGAUGUGGGUUUUUGCUCAAACAAUUCUGGUUUGACUCACAUCCAUCACUUUCUGCCUUGCUAUUUUAUCUUGCUGAACCUGUUUUUUUCAAUAAAAGAUCUGGAAUAGGCAGACAAGCUCACAUGCACUACUUACAUGAGAUAAUAUACGUGCAAUGUGCCUUACAAGUGACUUUCAAACUUUUACCUACAGAGCACACCCACCAUGGAAAAAAAAUUUCUUUACAUAAUAAGCCUGUAUUCACAUGUGUGUGGUCAGUCGCAUCUGACUCUUUUCGACCCCAUGGAGUGUACCCAGCCAGGCUCCUCUGUCCACUUAAUUUCCCAGGCAAGAAUACCACAGCGGGUUGCCAUUUCCUCCUCCAAGGGAUCUUCACAACACAUGGAUCCAACAGGUGUCUCCUGCAACUCACGCAUUGGCAGGCAGAUUCUUUACCACUGCGCCACCUGGGAAGCCCUAUAUACAUGUAUCAAUAUAUACAAUUGAAACAAAGGUUUCACAGAAAUAAUACUUACCUUACUACUUGAGAUGACUUGGCUUUUUCUAUUUCAUAUUUUAAAAAGCUGGUCCGGUUCACUACCCUCAUUUCAAGACUACUAAAGGGAUGUUACAGUUCUGUUUUUUUAAAAAAAAAACAUUGUUGGAAACCACAGAGUCGUUGGUUAUUACAGUUAUGAUUCUCAGGGAUGGUCUAGGGGCUAGGAAUCUUCACUGCCAGGGCAACAAAGCACGAGGUCAAGGUUAUUAGGUCAAGCCCUCGAGAGCCCUGUUGUCAAGGAAACGACUCACCCCGCCAGCUUCGGCCGACUGGUACAGUCCACAACCUGCGGAGAAAAGGAGUGGCCCGAAGCCCUGUCACUCAACUCAAGCUCGGGAGCCCCGCCCCCACGCCCGGCGCGCCCGGAAGGCCUGCCCCCUCGCCGAGGUUUAGCGAGGUAGGCCGCGACUGGAGGUUCAGGCGUUGACGAAGCUUUCCGCUUUGGGUGGUCUUUCCACUCGGGCGGCUGUCGAGAGGGGCUCGGGGAACACUUAGCGGGGCUCCACCGUCCCUGAGCCCUCGGAAGUGCGAUGAGGUCGGUUAGCUACGUACAGCGCGUAGCCCUAGAGUUCAGCGGGAGCCUCUUCCCACACGCCAUCUGCCUCGGAGACGUUGACAACGACACGUUAAAUGAACUGGUGGUGGGGGACACCAGCGGAAAGCUGUCAGUGUAUAAGAAUGAUGAUAGCCGGCCGUGGCUCACCUGCUCCUGCCAGGGAAUGCUCACUUGUGUUGGGGUUGGAGACGUAUGUAAUAAAGGAAAGAACCUGGUGGUGGCUGUGAGUGCCGAGGGCUGGUUUCACUUGUGUGACCUGACGCCUGCCAAGUCCCUGGAUGGUUCCGGGCACCACGAGACCCUUGGUGGAGAGGAGCAGCGCCCAGUCUUCAAGCAGCACAUCCCUGCGAACACCAAGGUCAUGCUGAUCAGCGACAUCGGCAUUGUCCUGGGCGCUGGGGUUGCAGUAGUGAAUAAAACAGACAAAGAUCAUGGCCCUCUUGGAUGUUUACAAGAUGGUGAUGGCCGUUGCGAGCUGGUGGUAGGCUACACAGACCGCGUGGUCCGGGCUUUCCGCUGGGAAGACCUGAGCGACGGCGCCGAGCACCCGAUGGGGCAGCUGGUAUCGCUCAAGAAGUGGAUGUUGGAGGGUCAGGUGGACAGUCUCUCAGUGACUCCAGGGCCCCUGGGUGUUCCUGAACUGAUGGUGUCUCAGCCAGGCUGUGCUUAUGCGAUUCUGCUGUGUACCUGGAACAAGGAGCCUGGGGCGCCCCCCACCUCUGAGGGACCCAUGGAGGGCACUCGGGAGACCCCGGCCGCCCGGGAUGUCGUGUUGCACCAGACCUCCGGCCGCAUCCACAACAAAAAUGUCUCCACUCACCUCAUCGGCAACAUCAAGCGAGGCCACAGCCCCAACAGCAGUGCCUCUGGCCUCUUUGCUCUCUGCACCCUGGAUGGGACCCUGAAGCUCAUGGAGGAGGCGGACAGGCUGCUGUGGUCGGUGCAGGUGGACCACCAGCUCUUCGCCCUUGAGAAACUGGACGUCACGGGCAACGGGCAUGAGGAGGUGGUCGCCUGCGCCUGGGACGGCCAGACAUACAUCAUCGACCACAACCGCACCGUCGUCCGCUUCCAGGUGGACGAAAACAUCCGCGCCUUCUGUGCAGGCCUGUAUGCCUGCAAAGACAGCCGCAACAGCCCCUGCCUCGUGUACGUCACGUUCAACCAGAAGAUCUAUGUGUACUGGGAGGUGCAGUUGGAGCGGAUGGAGUCCACCAACCUGCUCAAAGUGCUGGAGGCCCAGCCGGAGUUCCGGGAGCUGCUGGGAGAGCUGGGCGUGGAUCCUGAUGAGCUGUCCGCCACCCGUGCCCUACUUCACCAAACCCUCUACCAUCCAGACCAGCCUCCACAGUGCGCUCCCGCAGGUCCCCAGGACCCCACUUAGCUGGACCGGCUUCCUGGCAGAACAAGGAGCCUUCUGAACCUCCCACCGCCCCCCAUCCCCAGCUAUCUGGCAUCUGGAAGACAGGGAGUACACAUUACCGGGGAAGGAUGGCGGCACCCUUGGGUGCUGGGGACUAUAGACCUCCUGGCCGUCUUGGCGAAGGAGGAGACAAGCUGCCCCUCUGCCCAUUUCCUUGUGUACCUCACCCGUCCCGUCAGCAGGCACUGCCCCUUCCCAGAGCCCCCUACUCCUGUUGUUUGUGAGGAGUGGCUACACAGGGGCCCCUACUUGUGGGGCCCCAACUUGAAAGGAAACCAGGCUUUGGGGCCAGAAGAGUGAGGGCAGCGAGGGCCCAGGCCCCACAAGUUCUGUCUUCUGCAGCCCCAGGCGACUGACUUUACAUUCCUGUAACAUUCCUGUUACAGGGAUGGCGAACCGCAGAUCUUCCACCAUGGUGGGGUUACGCCCUCAUUAACCCGUCAUAGGUUGAAAGUAUCGUUAAGGGGAAAAUGCAUUUCCCAUACCCCACCUGCUGAACAUCACGGCUUAGCUUUCUCUGUGUUAACUGUGCUCCAAGCACUUAUAUCAGCCUGCAGUUGGACACAAUCACCUAAAGCAAGCCUCUUUUGUAAUAAAGUGUCAUUACAAAAGUGUUAGAAUAAAGUGGGUAUCUCAUGUGAUUUACUAAAUACUGUA